CUCACUGCGCAUGCCCAGUGCCGCCCCCCCCCCCCGCGCGGGGCGGUCGCGCAUGCGCGGUGGGGCCCGGGGGGUGCAGCAGCUCCAGCGCGGCGGCGGCGGCGGCGGCGGCGGCUUCGGCCUGAGGGGCUCCGAGAGGCGAUGGCCGACGACCUGGACUUCGAGACGGGGGACGCGGGGGCCUCGGCCACGUUCCCCAUGCAGUGCUCGGCGCUGCGCAAGAACGGCUUCGUGGUGCUCAAGGGCCGCCCCUGCAAGAUCGUGGAGAUGAGCACCUCCAAAACGGGCAAGCACGGCCACGCCAAGGUGCACCUGGUGGGCAUCGACAUCUUCACGGGGAAGAAGUACGAGGACAUUUGUCCCUCCACCCACAACAUGGACGUGCCCAACAUCAAACGGAACGACUUCCAGCUGAUCGGGAUCCAGGACGGGUACCUGUCGCUGCUCCAGGACAGUGGGGAGGUGCGGGAGGAUCUGCGGCUGCCGGAGGGGGAGCUGGGCCGGGAGAUCGAGCAGAAGUACGACUGCGGCGAGGAGAUACUGAUCACGGUGCUGUCGGCGAUGACCGAGGAAGCCGCAGUCGCCAUCAAAGCCAUGGCCAAAUAGGGCAGGCGCCGCCGGGGUCGGGGUCGGGCCGGGCCCCCCCCCCCGCUGGGGCCUCGCCGGAUCGGAGAUAAAUAAAUAAAUAAAUAAUAAAUAAACGGUCACGUGGUGCGGUC